UUGUGAUAGCUUCUUUCUCUGUUGUCGUCACUCUUAAGAUGGAUUUCAAUGUCAUGCUGCAGGGAAUCCGUUAUAUAAGAUAAUGAUGACAAUUCAAAGUUAUAUAUUCUUCUCUAAAGGGACAGUAUCUGUCAGAUAAAUUCAUGCACCACCUCCCUUUUACAUUACUUGGCUAUAAAUGUUCAGAUAGAUACGUCAAUUUUGAUUUGUUGUUGUUUAUUAAUCAGAUUUCUUUUGUAGUUUCAUGCGUCUUCAGUAAAAGACAAGCUUUGUGAUUAGGUGUCAUCUGAGUGUAGAGGGAAGGGUAGGAUGUGUCCGGGUGAGUGCCGUUGGCCCAUCCCCUCCCGGUCCUCCUAUAAGAGCACACCGGAGUAAGAACGUCAGUAGCUCUUUAGAGAGACCAAACCAUAAAAAAAUAGACAUGCCAUCAGACGGAAUGCCAGCCUGUCAUGCCAGACGCCUUCAGAUGCUUAGAGGAUUCAUGCUGAAGGUGCCCAGCUGGCGAAGUGUGUGCGUCCUCUGCUCCCUAUACUGCGUCCUGAUUCUGCCAGACGCCGGAGAAGCGGCAAAAGCACGCUGUGGACGGGAACUAGUCGCUGACCUGGAGUUUGUGUGUGGAGACCGUGGCUUUUACAGAGGCAAACCUGGAGCAGCCCGUAACGGCGGUCCUCGCUCUCGUGGGAAAGGGAUCGUCGAGCAGUGUUGUGUGCGGGGAUGUGACCUCCAGCAUUUGGAGUCGUAUUGUGCCAAACCCAAGAGGGUGCGCCGUGACGUCCCUGUAUCUCUGCAGCAGACUGUGGAAGAUCAGUUUUGGCUGGUGUUUCAGCAGCGAUACCAGAAGCUUGCAGAGAUGAAGAGAGAUGAGAAAGCUGCAUCUCAUAGACUCAGAGAGCGGACGCUCUACCGGUGGAACAGAGUUUCAGUAUUACUAAACACCAACACACCCAACCGACCCCCUUCAACACACCAACAUCCUGCCACUGGGAGAAUGACAUCAAGACCAACAUUUAUCUCCCACAUCCGAUAGUCAUGGCUCUAUUUGGAUCUGCGUGGACUCUAUGAAUCAUCUUCCUUUUCUAAGAAAGACUUUUCCGUCCUUGCAGAAGUAUAAACUGAGGACUCUUUAAGAAAAACUAGAAGACAAGAUGCCAUGAAAGUGAAGAGUGUGUGUGUACCUGAAAAUGGGUUGUACUAGUUUCACAUAUGUCGAAUACAACAUGAAUUGUAUUUUUCCAUUUUGUUUUCAGCUUCCCUCCUAGCAUUGACUUCUGUGUUUGGGUAAAUGGGUUCAAAGCAAAUUGAGGGUGGCAGUUGAAAGUGUUUGUAUGUUACUCUUAUAGACUUGAAAGACUCAAUAUGGGAACACUGACGGCUUAAGUAAGUCAUUUUGAAUGUAAAUGUGACAAAUGUGUUUUUAUAAAAGAUUACUGAUAUCAGUGAAUAUAUUUUCUUAAACGUUUUUUUAUGUUUAAUUUAUGGUCUGUAUAUUUCUGUAUGAUUAGGUUUUUCUAAUACCUGUGAAAUAUCCAAAUCAAAGCAGAUUUGGAAAGAAAAUUUAAAUUAAAAAAAUGUGAGGA